AAUUAUUGAACGCAAUAAAUAUUGGCUUUAUUGACUUCAAAAAGAAAUCGAUGAAUGACAAGCAUGAAAAAGGUUUAGUUACCCAACCGAUACCCGGAGAUCUAUAUCCCGCAUUAAGUGCAAGUAAUAGAUUAUCUUGA